AAAGCCCCUCUCCGCUAAGCCUCUCAACCGCGCCAACCAAAAGCAGACGUUUCGACAAAAAGAAACUCCCCCAAUUCAAACCCGAAACGUUUCUUCCCUUUCCUUUUUCAAUUUUAAAUUCCCAGAAAAAGCCUAUAGUCACCAACUGUUGGGUGAGCCCAAAAAAAAAACCCACUAUGCAGAAAAUGGCACAGGAAUGGUUCUCCGGCGGCAGCACCGGCGGCUCUCAGCAGCCGGCGUCUUCUCUCUUAGCCGAUUGGAACUCCUACGCCGCUUCCCAAUCCGCAGAGGACAGCUCCUCUUCGGCCCUCGGCUUCGAUCUCGAAUCCGUGGUCCGUUCCGCGAACGACACCGUUUCGGGCACUUUCAGCGUGGUUUCCAAAGGAGUUAGAGAUCUACCUGGGAACCUCCAGUCUGCCACUAGUAGUGUCCCUUCAGGAAAAGCUCUCAUGUAUUUUGGUUUGUUUCUGGCAACUGGGGUGUUCUUCGUUUUUAUUGCAUUUACCAUGUUCCUUCCGGUUAUGGUGUUGAUGCCACAGAAGUUUGCUAUCUGCUUUACACUCGGGUGUGCCUUUAUAAUUGGAUCCUUCUUUGCACUUAAAGGUCCAAAGAAUCAGUUUGUUCACAUGUCCUCGAAAGAGAGACUUCCUUUCACACUUGGAUUUUUAGGCAGUAUGGUGGGUACCAUAUAUGUCUCGAUGGUGCUUCACAGCUAUAUUCUCUCUGUGUUUUUCUCUGUAUUACAGGUUCUGGCGCUUGCAUACUAUGCUGUUUCAUACUUUCCUGGUGGAUCAGCGGGUUUGAAGUUCCUAUCUUCUGCCCUUACGUCUUCAGUAAUGAAAUGUUUUGGGAGGUGACAUUGACCUCUUUUACUUCUAUGAUUGCCGUGUAUAUUUCUUGCCUAAGUUUUUUUUUGUAAGUGUAGUUGAAACUAUGGGAUGGCAUGAGAAAGAAUUCUAAUUUGAACCCUUAAGAAAUGUAAGUGUUUCUUUCCUUUGGAAGUUGAUAGUGGACCUUCAUUAGAAAAGAAAAAAAAAUUCAGUGUGAAUCAGUGACACCAUGAAUCAAUUGGCAGUAAA